UAAUAUUGAUAAUCAAAUCAAUAAUUUGAAAAUUGAAAAUUCUAGUGACCCAUUCCAGGAUAACCUCAUAGCUCCAUUUGAACAGCCAUAUAUCAAAGUUUCCAGUUUCAAUCUUCUUACAUCAUACAACAACAAAGAAAAGAAAAGCCAAAGCUAUGGAAACAGCCAACUCAUUUAAGAGCUACAGUAAAGUCGAUGAACUGCAAGAGCAAGAGUAUCGCAGAAGAACCCGCAAGCGUCUGAUCAUCAUCACUGUCUCCACCAUUAUCUUGAUCAUAAUCAUCGUUGGAGCUCUGGUAGAAACAUUGACCGGAAAAGCCACAUCGAAAAAUACUCUGCGGCCAACCUACUCAUCGGAAUCUAUCACUGCUAUAUGCAAUGUUACUCAGUAUCCGGCGUCGUGUGAUUCUAGCAUAGCAUCUCUCAAGAGCUCCUCAAACAUCACUGAUGCGAACCCGAAUCCAGAAAAGUUGUUCCAGCUCUCCAUGCAAGUUGCAGUCAAUGAACUGACAAAGCUUUUGUCUUGGCCGGACGAGCUCAUAUCCUCCGAGACUUAUAGCAAUAUUACCAAUGAUCCUGCGGUGCAAGCGGCUUUAGAUGAUUGUAAAUUCUUAUUUCAGGACGCCGUUGAUCAUAUCAAUGAUUCUAUCACCUCGUUCCAAGUGGGUCAGAUGUCCGGAAAGCAGAUCAACGACAUCAGAACAUGGCUGAGCACCGCAAUUACCAAUCAAGACACAUGCUUGGAUGGAAUAUACGAAGCCACGAACCACACUAUUCUUCCCCAAUACAUGAAACACGCUAUGCGCAACGCCACUGAGGCCACCAGCAACUGCUUGGCGAUUGCAUCAAACAUUUUGACAAUCCUACUCCAUUAUGUGCAAACUCCGAAUAAUCGGAAAUUAUUAACAGUUGAAAGAAUUUAUCAAUAUCGGACGUUGAAUGAUGAUUUUCCGGAAUGGAUCCGAAAUGGGUACCGAAAAUUACUGCAGGAGGAGAAUCCUAUAGUGGAUGUAAUAGUGGCAAAGGAUGGUAGUGGAGAUUUCGAGACCAUAAACGAGGCCAUAAAAUUGAUUCCCAAGAAGAGUACGUCGAGGUUUGUUGUUUAUGUAAAGGAAGGAGUGUAUGAAGAGAAUGUGAAUAUUACAAAGGAUUAUUGGAAUGUGAUGAUUUACGGUGAUGGAAUGAACAAGACGAUUGUUUCCGGCAGCUUGAAUAAGAUCGACGGCACUUCCACAUUCUUCUCUGGCACUUUUAUUGCUGCAGGCAGGGGAUUCAUAGCAAGAGACAUGGGCUUCAGAAACACAGCAGGCCCAGAAAAACAUCAAGCAGUGGCCUUACGUUCAUCCUCAGACAAAUCAGUUUUCUACCGAUGCUCCUUUGAGGCCUAUCAAGACACUCUGUACACACACUCGAAUCGCCAAUUUUAUUGCGAUUGCCAAAUCAUCGGCACCAUUGAUUUCAUUUUCGGAAAUGCGGCCGUCGUUUUGCAAAACUGUAGCAUCCAGCCCAGGCAGCCCAUGCCCAACCAAUUCAUCACCAUCACGGCCCAAAGUAAGACCGACCCAAAUCAGAACACUGGCAUGUCCAUCCAACGCGCUGAGAUCACUCCCUUCGACAAUCUGACAGCUACCACGUACCUCGGUAGGCCUUGGAAGAAUUAUGCCACCACUGUUUUUAUGCAAUCAGAUAUUGGAGGAUUUCUGGACCCAGAAGGAUGGGCUCAAUGGGUUGAUGGUGUUGACCCACCAAGCACUAUUCUUUACGCUGAGUAUCAAAAUACUGGGCCUGGAUCAGUAACAGAUGGGCGUGUGAGAUGGGACGGUGUUCGGCCCAAUAUCACAGAGGCGGAGGCACUGAAAUUUUCGGUGGAGUCUUUCAUCCAGGGCAGCCAGUGGUUGCCGGAUGCCGGUGUAAUGUUUGAUGGGAGUUUAUGAUGUGCAUUGAAUAUACGUAGGAUUAGGAAAUUAAUUAAAUUGAUUUAAAUGAUAGAAUAAUAUUCAGUAAUGUCAUUUAUUACUUUUA